UAAGUCUUAAUUGGUCCAUAACAAUGAAGACAUUGUUUUGUUUGCUUGUAGCGGUGACCGCCGUCAUCGCGGUACCGCUGGAAAAUGUUGACCGCAAAUACCCGCGUUUCAUUGAUUUUCCUGAUGGCGAUGGUGUCUUGCAUAAAGUUGAUUUGGAAGAAGAGCCUGACAUGAACGUCUUGGAGGAUGUCUUCAGAAAUCCUGCUAACAAUCUGUACUUACUUUACACCAGACGCAACCCCUCAAACGCUCAGACAUUACGCAUCAAUAAUGCAGGCAGCAUCACGUCAUCGAACUUCAACGCCAGGGUACCAACCGUGGUCGUCGUUCACGGCUGGCUCAGUAAUCAAAACACGAAUAUCAACCCUAUUAUCAGGGACGCUUACCUUCGCAAAAGUGACGUUAAUGUUAUUGUAAUGGAUUGGAGAAGACUCGCUCUUUCCACUUACCCUACCGCUGUUGCUGGAGUCCCUGCUGUUGGUCGUGGAUUGGGCCAGUUCUUAAACUUCCUUAGCAGAACAACGGGAGCUUCACUGGGAACAAUGCACCUCGUUGGUUUUAGUUUGGGUGCUCAUAUUGUUGGCAAUGCUGGGAGAGAACUUGGUGGAAGAGCAGCGCGUGUAACAGGUUUGGACCCUGCUGGCCCUCUAUGGAAUGUGAAUUCAAAUCGUCUCCGCCCAUCGGAUGGUGUUUACGUAGAAGCUAUUCACACGGAUGGUGGAGCUAUUGGCCUUGGUAUCGGAUCAGCAGUUGCUAAUGCUGACUUCUUCCCUAACGGCGGUAACUCUCAGCCAGGUUGUGUUACGAGCUUGUGUGACCACAACCGUGCAUGGGAACUAUUUGCAGCAACUGUGACCCACAAUCACCUCGUUGGAAGACGGUGCUCAAACAUGGUGCAAGUGUCUGCUAAUACCUGUACCGGUGCCAGCUUACGUAUGGGAAAUGACAUCUUAAAUAAGAGCGGAACUGGAUUGUACCGAUUGAAUACACAGAGAAGAUACCCCUUCUAAACAUUAUAACGAUCUUAUUAUCAUAUCUUAUAUCGUAUGUAAAUAAAGCACAAUUUAUUUAAAAU